AUGUUUGAAGGUAAAAAUGACGAGAACAAUCACUAUAAAUCAGAAAAGGAUUCUUUGGCUAAGGAGAAGAAUCUCGAUCUAGAUGCUAGAGAUACUUCUUCUUCGGAUUUAUUUGAAGAAACUGUUGAAGAGACUGUUGAUUCCUCCGAGUACAGUAACAACCUGAGGGGUUGGUUCCAAAGAUUCAUCCAUUUCGUUGAAAUCAGUGGUACCAAAGGUUAUUCAAUCCAGCAGUUGUUCUUGAUGAAUUAUGAUUUACGUCCUGUUGAAGCUGCUAGACGUAAAUGGAAAUGGUACCAUUUCAUCUUUUUUUGGUUGUCGGAAUCCUUCAAUGUGAAUACAUGGCAAAUUGCAGCUACGGGUGUUCAAGCAGGCUUAUCUUGGUGGGUCACUUGGAUCACCGUUUGGAUUGGUUACACUUUUUGUGCGCUGUUUGUUUGUGCUUCUGCCAGGGUUGGUAAUGCUUAUCACAUUUCAUUCCCCGUUUCCUGCAGAUCAUCUUUUGGUAUUUGGGGAUCAUUGUGGCCCGUUAUCAAUAGAGUUGUCAUGGCAUGUGUUUGGUUCGGUGUUCAUACUAGUAUAGGAGGUAACUGUGUUGAGUUGAUGUUGCGUUCAAUUUUCAGCAAUGAUAUGGAGAAGAGAAUCCCAAAUCAUAUAAACGGCAAUAUCACAUCCUUCAAGCUUUUGUGUUUUUUCCUCUAUUGGUUUUUCCAGUUACCGUUCAUUUAUUUCCCGCCUCAUAAGAUUCGCCAUUUAUUUACAGUAAAGGCGGUCAUCUCUCCAAUUGCUGGUAUAACUUUCUUAGUUUGGACCUUAGUGAAGGCAGACGGUGGUGGACCUUUUAUUCGUGCACCUUCAACAGUUUCCGGUUCUGCCUUUGGCUGGGCUUUUGUCAACUCCACAAUGAAUGCAAUUUCUAAUUUUGCAACUCUUAUUGUUAAUGCACCAGAUUUUUCGAGAUUUGCUAAUGCACCAGAUGCUGCAAUCUACUCGCAAAUGAUCUCUUUGCCAAUCUCAUUUGCAAUUACCUGUCUAAUUGGUGUCUUGGUCUCUUCCGCUGCAAAUUCUAUCUAUGGUGUCUCAUACUGGAACCCACUUGAUGUUCUCUCGAGAUUCUUAGAUCAUUAUUCAAGAGGUUCUCGUGGUGGUGUCUUUCUACUUUCUUUCAGUUUUGCAAUUGCUCAGUUAGGUACCAAUAUUUCUGCAAAUUCUUUAUCUGCAGGUACCGAUAUGACUGCAAUCAUGCCAAAGUUUAUCAAUAUUAGAAGAGGUGGAUUUGUGUGUGCAGCAAUUGGAUUUGCAAUUUGCCCUUGGAACUUGAUGACUUCAUCGUCCAUGUUUACCACUUACUUAUCUGCAUACUCUGUCUUCCUUUCAUCCAUUGCGGGUGUUGUGUUUUGUGAUUAUUAUAUCUUAAGGAAGGGUUAUCUCGUUUUGACCGACCUGUACAUUGCAAAUGAGUCAUCUCCUUACUAUUAUUGGAAAGGUUUUAAUUUAAGAGCUUAUACAGCAUAUAUUGCCGGUGUUUUACCUAAUAUUGUUGGUUUCGUUGGUGCAACAAAAACACACCAUGUUCCAAUCGGUGCAACAUAUGUCUACUAUUUCUCUUUCUUUGCUGGAUAUGCAUCAGCUGCCUGUGUUUUAAUCAUAAUCACAUACAUCUAUCCUAUCACCGGGACUCCUGAGGCUAGGUUAUUUCAAUGUAAAUUCUUUGAAGAGUGGCAAGACGUUGAAGAUUUUGAGGAAGUUUACAAGAAACGAAUUGCAAUGGAUUCAAACGAAAGGGAACUAUUUAUUAAAAGACUCCCUUCUAUCGAUGCAUCAGAAAAAGCUUGA